AUGAUUUCCACCUCCAUAAGUGAUAGGACAACAUCUAAUGGAAGUACGCAAUCGCCACCUACCCAUUCUUGUCACCCCACUAGAGCUCCGCGUCAGCUAUCCUGCAUACACUGUCAGAAGCGCAAGAUAAAAUGCGAUCGCAAGACUCCUUGUAAAAACUGCGUAAACGCACGUGUAGAUUGUGUUUCGGCGACGUCAGUAUCUCAUCGACGGAAACGUAGGUUUCCGGAGAGGGAGUUGUUGGAGCGGGUGAGGAAAUACGAGGAACUGUUGAGAAGCAAUGGAAUUGAGUUCGAAUCACUUCACCCGGAGAAUCGAGGUCAUGCAGAAGAGAAAGAUGCGAUUAACGAGGGAGACGAUAAGAAUAAUGAUGAGAGAUACGAUGAGUUUGGGGGGUUUUGUGAGGCCAAAAACGUCUGGCGCCGUGCGUUAAGUCAACAAUCACCCGCUCAACUUGACGACCUCUCCUCCUCAGACGACGACACUGCUCGUAACCACUUAAUGAAAAAUACAUGGUUCGAUCUCCACCCCCAAGACACACCCCUUCUCUUCCAGGCCCCCACAGCACCACUCUAUAUCUUCCACCCCUCACCCGCUCAAAUCUUCUUAUUAUGGCACACUUACCUGGAAAACGUCUCGCCAAUUCUAAAAGUAACGCAUACGCCUACAUUACAAGGCAAGAUUAUCGAAGCCACAGCUAGUAUUGCAGAUAUCAAAUCAACCGGACUAGAGGCCCUAAUGUUUGGAAUUUAUUGCACUGCUGUUGGGAGUAUGGAGGACGAAGAAUGUCAAGAUAAGUUUGAGUGUGGCAGAGAUGUCCUUUUGAGGAAGUUCCAACUUGGUUGUCAGCAAGCUUUGGGGAAGGCGGGGGUUUUGAGGUGUAGCGAUCGUGAGACUUUGACUGCAUUGUAUCUUUAUCUGAUCUCACUUCGAUCGAACACUACACCGCAAUCCCUAUCCAGCGUCCUCGGAAUAGCAAUUCGUAUUGCACAAAGAAUGGGUAUCCACUCCGAAACCGCGCUGGCGAAAUGUAAUAUUCUCGAGACGGAGAUGCGUCGAAGACUCUGGUGGUCACUUGUGCUGUUUGACACUCGAAUUGGGGAACUGACUAGUUCCACUAAUUUUGUGAAAGUACUUGCUCCUGGAUGGGAUUGUGAGGUUCCACUCAACGUCAAUGACACGCAGCUAAGACCUGAGAUGAGAGUACGACUAAUAAUUGAGUGUCCAUCAAGCGAAGCAUUGUUCGCUGUGGUGCUUAGUAAAUUGGGAGAUUUUGUCAGGCACACAACAUUCAACAACGGCGUUCCUGUCCCAGCAACCUCACUACCACGAACGAGUGAGUUAGCCAAUCUAGAGACCUCAAUCAAAAACGAGUACCUCAGAUUCUGCGAUCCUGAGAACCCACUCCACUACCUAACCAUCUGGACAACCCGAGCAUACAUAUCAAAAUGCCACCUCGCAGAACACCACUUCCGAACCCUCUCAAAGCAACCCAUCACACCCCAAACCGAACACCUCGCAACCACCCACGCCCUCCACAUGGUCGAAGCAGACACGCACCUCAUGACCUCUCCUCUCACCAAAAAGUUUCUCUGGCACAUAAAAUCUCACUUCCCAUUCCCAGCUUACAUCCAGAUCAUCCAGCACUUGAAAUGGCAACCCCUAGGUGUAUUAUCAGGACGUGCGUGGGAGGUGAUGAGUGCGAAUUAUGAAGCGAGAUUUGAGUUUUUGUUUGCGGAACAGAGGAUUUUUAGGGUUUUUGCGGGCAUUGUUUUGCAGGCGUGGGAGGUGAGGGAGGGGAUGGGGGGUGGCGGGGGAUGUUCCGGGGAUGGGAGUCAGGCGGGGAUAUCGUGUGAGUCUGGAGACUUGGGAGUUGAUGAUGUCUCUGUGCCUCUGUCUACAGCUUUCGAGGAGCAUGCUAUGUUGUUUGACACGAGAGACUUGGGAGGUAACGAGGGUGGAGAGACGCUCGAGUUUGAGGAAAUGCCAGCGUUUGAUAAUGGUAUUGAUCUGUGCAAUUGGUCGACGAUGGACUGGGGCCUGGUAAAUGCUCCCGCUGAUGAGUCUUUAUUCACACCUUAA